CGAUCGAUAAAUUCGCGCUUGCUCCGUUUAGCGUAUGUUCCCGGUAAAAGUCCUAAGCGAGUUUUAAGGAGACAAACGUGAUGCAUGAUCGAGAUCAGUCGCGAUGUAACCAUAGUGUGAAACGGCCUCGCACCAGGCCACCAGCCUUGCACCACCAAAUGCGUGACGACGGUUAAUUUUUCUUUUUUAUCAGAAUCAACACAGUUUCGAGAACAUUGAAAAUCAGGUUUUUCGGGUCUAUGAAUCUGGUCAAGGUUCGAUACAUCAUCGAGGAUUCCCUUACGAAGAUAAAGGAGAAUGGCUAUAUAUCGGUGGCAGCGAAUCGCACGGGAUCCUCAGUAGAAGAUGAUAGAGGACCAGGUGCAUCAACAUCCGGUACGAUUACCUCCCGACAAAAACGCCCAUAUCGAUGUUACAUCCAAAUUUGAAAAUGAUCAAUGCAAAGAACCUUUACUUUCCGAAAAGCAAACUUGCCACAGGAUAACGUCGGAGGAUGCUCGUUCGACCACUGGCUCGGAAUCAACGAUCGUAAACACAACGAUCAUGGGCACGAGUUUGGGCACAGGCACGACUACGGUGACGAUGAUGGGUAUGGGGGGAGGAACGGGCACGAACGCAUGGAUGGACACGGUUGUCGGGGUUGACACCGUCACCGAUCCCAACGACAAAUCCGCGGAACAAGACCGCGUCGAUGUACCUAUAUUCGACGAGGGAACCACCGAUAGCGGCCGUCUUCCCGAUCUUGUCGCUCAGAGUAAAAUAUACGGUGUAAACGAAGAUGAACCUCUCGAAUCGUAUUUGGCGAUCACCAUUCAAGUUUUCAUACCGUUUCUUAUCGCCGGCCUUGGCAUGGUGGGGGCAGGAUUAGUUUUAGACUUGGUUCAACAUUGGGUCGUGUUCGAGAAAGUGAGCGAACUCAUCAUUCUAGUCCCAGCGUUAUUGGGUUUGAAAGGAAAUUUAGAAAUGACUCUUGCAUCCCGUCUUUCGACUCAAGCGAAUCUCGGCCAUAUGGACACGCCGAAACAACAAUGGUACAUGAUCGUUGGAAAUCUCGUCUUGAUUCAAUGCCAGGCGAUAGUGGUUGGAUUUCUCGGCUCUGUGGUGGCAAUCGUAAUGGGAGCAUCUCGAAACGGUACCAUCUCGUUCGAUCAUGCAUAUCUAUUGUGCGCGAGCAGUUUGGUUACCGCAUCCCUGGCUUCGUUCGUCCUUGGAUUGAUAACUGCAGGUGUGAUCGUUUUUUCCCGACAUUGUCAUAUUAAUCCGGACAACGUCGCGACACCGAUCGCAGCCAGUCUUGGAGAUAUCACCUCUUUGGCUUUACUCUCAUGGAUAUCUACGAUUCUUUACGAAUCAAUAAACAAACAAGAUUGGGUCGCACCCCUCGUGAUAGCUUGCUACAUCCUGAUUACACCUCUCUGGGUAUGGAUCGCCAAGAGAAACAAGUACACAAACGAUGUCCUUUACUCCGGAUGGACUCCUGUCAUGAUCGCUAUGUUGAUCAGCAGUUGCGGUGGUCUGAUACUCGAAUUCAUGGUCUCGCGAUUCGAAAACUUGACCGUUUUCCAACCGGUGAUCAACGGCGUCGGUGGAAAUUUGGUAGCUGUACAAGCAAGCAGAAUAUCGACAGCCCUUCACAAACAAGCCGAACUGGGAACUCUUCUAAUUCCACCUGGUCACACGCAUCCCGUUAUCUUUAUUACACCUAUCGCUAACUUUUUUGGCAAAGGUAUGCACGCGAGAACAACCAGAGUUCUAAUGGCAAUGGUUAUACCAGGCCACGUAAUUUUCAUUUAUCUAAUUAAUUAUAUGAAGGAUGGCAACACUUCAUUAACGCCUCUCUUCGUUUUUGUUUACUUGUGCGCCGCCAUGCUCCAAGUUGCCGCUCUCCUGUACAUUGCCUACAUAAUGAUACAUUGGAUGUAACGAAAAAUCGAUCCAGACAAUUCGGCGAUUCCAUAUUUAACAGCGAUGGGAGAUUUAUUAGGCAUCAGUUUGUUAGCGAUCGCUUUUCAAUUUCUUUAUCUCGUUGGAGAUCAAGAUUUCGAUCGAACAAUCCCUCCCUAAAAAAUAUCUACAUACGUAUACUUGCAUUCUGCAAAUGUUUCUCCGAUUCUUUUUUUUCCAACAACAUCCAUCCUAUCAUCGUUAUCGUCAGUGCUAUCGCCAAUGUUGUUGCUGUCAUAGUUUUUAUAAUUAUUAUACAUAUAUCGCUAUUAAAUAGAUAUAUGGUGCCAUAUUUUCUCUUUUUUCUCAUAAGCAAAAUUUAAAAAUAAUUAUUUUGUCAGCACAGCAUAUCUAAAAAGAUAACAUAUAUACCUUUCCAAGAAAACGAAGCAAUACGUGCAAUUCGAAUUCGAAAAAUCAAUGCCAAAAUAAAAUCUCAUAAAGUUGUACUUUUGCCAAUAUAUAUAUAGAGGAAAGAUAAAAAUAUAUAUUAUAUUGUAUUAUAUUUUCGUGAUAAUUAAUUAAAUAUGAAUAUUUUUUCGUUAAAAAUCUUUUUUCUAUACUAUACGAUAAUUAUUUUAUUAUUUUAUUUCACAUCAAAUCGUCGAAAGAAUAGAAAUUUCAUUAUGUAAAUGUAUACAAAAUGACGCAAUGUCUCGUUAUAAACAAUUUUUUUAAAUCGAUGUCGAAUGGGUAUCGUUUCCGAAAAGUAUAAUUAGGAAUAGAGAAAUG